ACUCUUAUAAAUAUAUACCUUCAUUCCCGCUUCGACUUCCCCUUUACUAUAUCGGCGUGAUAUCUACUAGGAUAGAUACAUAGACAUAUCUUCAAAUUACACAAAUCAUUCAUCAUGGCCCCCUCGGCAAUCACAGAUUCACCCCCAACCUACCCUACUGCCUCCGCUACAACCCUUCCUGCUCACAUAGAACACACCGACGACUACGCUGUUCAAGCCGGUGUAUCCAACUUCAAGGGCUACGACCACACGACAUGGUGGGUCGGCAACGCGAAGCAAGCCGCCUCCUAUUACCACAAUCUCUACGGCUUCGAGACAGUCGCGUACCGGGGCCUGGAGACAGGGAGUCGGUACUUUACAUCAUAUGUCGUAGCCAGUGGGGAUAUCCGCUUCGUGUUCACAUCUCCUAUCCGCUCUUAUGCUCAUCUACCCGAAAAUGAGUUCAUAACAGAUGCCGAGCAUAAGCUCCUCAAGGAGAUGCAUGAGCACCUGGAACGCCACGGCGAUGCCGUCAAAGAUGUCGCCUUCGAGGUUGACAAUGUGGAAGGCGUAUACCACAACGCCGUUGCCCAAGGCGCCAUAUCCGUGCAACCACCACAACUCCAGCACGAUAAGAUCCACGGAGACGUGUUAACGGCCGUGAUCCGAACCUACGGCGACACCACGCACACCCUAAUCUCGCGACGCAACUACACCGGGCCCUUCCUCCCGGGUUUCCAAGCCCGGUCCUCCCCACCCUCAACUCUCAUACGUCCAAGGGUAAACCUCUCCCGCAUCGACCACUGCGUCGGCAACCAAUCCUGGAACGAAAUGGCCUCAACCUGCGGCUUCUACGAGCGCUGCCUCUCCUUCCACCGCUUCUGGAGCGUUGACGACGACCAAAUAUGCACCGAGUACAGCGCCCUCCGCUCCAUCGUAAUGAGCAGUCCCGACGACGUCGUCAAGAUGCCCAUCAACGAGCCCGCCCCCGGCAAGAAAAAGUCUCAAAUCGAAGAAUUCGUACUCUUCAACUCCGGCCCGGGGGUCCAACACGUAGCUCUUCUAACUGAGGAUAUCGUAUCCGCGGUCUCGGCUAUGCGCGCGCGAGGAGUGGAGUUUAUAAGUGUACCGAAUACGUACUAUGAAACCAUGAAAGAACGCCUGCGAACGGAAAAACGCGGGUGGGAGUUGCAGGAGGAGUUUGAGACCUUACGGCAGUUGAACAUUCUCGUUGAUUAUGAUGAGGGUGGGUAUUUAUUACAAUUAUUCACUAAGCCCGUGAUGGAUCGCCCCACGGUGUUCAUCGAGAUUAUUCAACGGCAUGGGUUUAGCGGGUUCGGGGCUGGGAAUUUUAAGAGCUUAUUUGAAGCUAUUGAGCGUGAACAAGCUGAAAGGGGGAAUUUGUAAAUGACGAAGUCACAGCGACUGUUAAUUGGCUCUCUAAAUGAGUAUAGAGAGGGAAGCGGAAUGGGAUGUACAAUAGUGCAUAAUCAUUGUUACGAACUUACGAACCGGCACAGCGAGAUUGUUUAAUGAAUUAGUCGGUUGGAUGAAUGGAUGGAUUUAUUUUAUGAUAUUAUAAUGCGAUGAAUGGCUUGAGGACAUUCAACAGAUGGGAUGGCCAUAACCAUUAUCAUAGUACAAUUAGCGAACUACUAAUAGCUUGUGCGGAGCAGUGAUGGCUAUAGCCUAUAAGCAAUAGCUAGCUAUUUUU